UAAUACAAAUCGGAAAUAUAUUAAUAUAAAUAUGGUUAAUUAUUGUUAUUAAUAUUACAAUAUUACUUUUACAUACAUACAUAUAAAUAGUGUAUAUAAAUACUCCAUCUAAAAAAAUAAAAAAAAGUUUCUUAAUUACCAAACACUAUGUAAAAACAUUUCUGUUUGCUAAAUCUCAGGUGGAUAUUGAAAAAUCAUCUGACGUUACGCAACAUAUCAGUCGUCACAGUGAGUUCACAGAGUCGGGCGUCAUUAAGGGUGUGCGCGCGCUCAUAGAAGUGUCUGUUGGUCGAGAGAGAGCGAGGGGAACGUCCACAGAUGUGUUAAGGGGGUCAGUGGACUUUUGCUUUUGUUUACUUCUCUAUUUUUAUGGCGCAAAACUAAUACGGACACGGAGUGGCGAUUGCGCAGGCAUUGCGGAUAAUUAUCUCUGCGCGCACUGAGAGGAUUUUUACGCGGAGUCGCCAGGAACCUACCUGCAGCUCUCCAAAACUCGGCUGACCGAUCUUCUGGAGUUGAAAACUAUCAGUAUCAAUAACGCACAGGUAUAACAAUCAAAAAAUGACUAUAGAUAUAAGGUUGCUGCAUCCACCUACGCGCAUUUGGUGAUUUGUAAAUCAGCAGCUGGUGUCCGGACGGAUGUUUGGCGUAAACGAGCACGAACACGGAGCAGAAGCGAAGUGACGGGAUCGGGAGAGCCGUUUGGAUUUUGGCUACAUUGGAGAUCGUUCAUCAUGGUGACCAUAAAGCCCUUUAAUAAGGCGUUUUUCGACUGCGUGGCUCUUUUGUUCUGCCUGGCCGUCAUGUUUGAGUUCGCUUUGGCUCAAAACGACACGGAACCCAUCGUCCUGGAGGGCAAAUGUCUGGUGGUUUGUGACUCGAACCCCGCCGACUGGAAGAGCUCGUCCUCGCCGCUUGGCAUCUCCGUGCGCGCCGCCAACUCCAAAGUGGCUUUUUCUGCGGUGAGAAGCAACAACCACGAGCCCUCUGAGAUGAGCAAUAAAACGAGAAUCAUAUAUUUUGACCAGGUUCUUGUCAACAUAGGAAACUAUUUCACGCUGGAAUCCGUCUUUCUUUGUCCCCGGAAAGGAGUCUACAGCUUUAACUUCCACGUUAUUAAAGUGUACCAGAGCCAGACUAUACAAGUGAAUUUAAUGCUGAAUGGAAAACCAGUCAUCUCUGCCUUCGCCGGUGACAAAGAUGUCACACGUGAGGCUGCCACCAAUGGAGUCCUCCUGCACCUCAACAAAGAAGACAAGGUUUAUCUGAAACUGGAGAAGGGGAAUCUGGUAGGAGGAUGGCAGUACUCCACCUUUUCUGGCUUUCUUGUUUUUCCUCUGUAAACAAACAAAAGACCGCCACCUUUGCUGUCCAGUUGUCAUUGUGUAACCAGCCCUUCAGCAUCAAUUGGAGGCCCCCAAAUGGAAUCACAAUUCCAGACAUUCAUUCAGCUGUUGUUUGCGGACUACUGGAAAAUGCGUCAGUGACGGUGAAUCUGGAGAGACGACAUCUACUUCAGUGCAAUAUCACUUUCUGCUAAGUCGUUCUUCAUAGAUCCAGGGUUCAACACAUCAUGUCAGACUGUUUGUUCAUUUCGUUCGUAUGUUUUUAGCGUGUGGUUUUAGGUGACAUGAGGGAUCCUGAUUAAAAAGGAAAUUUCCGGUCUCGCCACUUGAGGGCGCAAUAUUUCAAAAACUUUGCACUUCACCAUGCGUAUUUAAAAAAAUUAAAAAAAUAUCAUUGUUUUCAAGCAAAUACACCUUUAUAUGUAAAUUAGACUUGUUAAUGCUAAAUGUCAAUGCUGUUAGCCUGACACAAUUAAUGUGCUAUUUAUCGCCAUGAAAAGCAGAUGGUAAAAAAAAAAGACUUUAUUUAAAAGUGUUUCCAUUUGUUUCUAGCCAUCAUUCCAGCAGUAUUUCAUAAAAUGAUGAUCAAAUGAAAAUAAUGGCUAUAUUUCCCAACAUGCUCCGUACUUUCUGCAUUUUAAAGCAUUGCAAUGGUUGAGUGAUGGGCCGUUCAUCCAAAAUCGCAUACUUCCCUACCAGGGCUUGACAUUAACACCCACCAACCCGCCAAAUGCGGGUGGAUUUCAGUCACUCCUACUAGCCACUUUGGUAGGUUGAAUUUUAUAUAAAUAAUUUAAAUUCUUUUAAAAAAGCAUCUGAAAUAAUAAACUAAGUGCAAUGUAUUGUUGUCAAAAAUACAGAUUUUUCGUUACAUAUCGAUACUGAAAUAUCUGAAACGCUUUCAGUACUCAUUUUCCACAGAAUAGAUACACGAUACCAGUUGCGUUUCUCAUCUCUCCGACAGCAAGAGACAUAAAAAGCGACAAAUAAAGCCGCCUCUCAGUACUAAAUUUAGUUAUUUUUCACUACUUAUUGCGCUUAAACAGUCAAAUACACACAAAAUAAUGUCAAAGAGGCGAAUAUUCAUGUAAACACAUUGUUAUGUUUAAGUGAACAUAAACAGUUGAGAAAGAAAACUCAUGUGUAACAGUAUAAUGGAUCCGUGCAUCAGCUCUUAAAGUGACAGCAGCCUAAUAUACCUGCUGCCAAAUUAUGAGAUAAUAUUAAAAAUAUCUAUAUAGCGUUUUUUCCCCAUGGUAUCGAAGUCAAAAUUGUGGCUAGUGAAAAUGCUGAGUGGCUAGUAUCUUUGGAAAACCACUAGCCACAGUAGCUAGUGAGCAAAAACGUUAAUGUCAAGUCCUGUUCCCUACUAUAUAGUAGUAUUUGACAAAAGAAGUAUGUCUGAAUUCACAGUACUCAUAAAAGAGUGGGCAAAAAGACCUACUACUUCUGGCGAGAUUAUAAAAUAUGUAUAUGAUGGACACUUUACUAUCCCAUGAGACCACGGGAGAGGAUUUGUGAAUGGCGGUGACGCGACGCAACUGAUGCUGGUCGGUCACGUGAUCAGGGAAACAUGGUGAAUAUAGUACAUCCAGAUUACAUUCAUACUAUAGAGGGUAUGCACGUGAUGUCACCGUCAGCCGUUAUGACUGCGGUUACGCCCACCGAGUGGCAAAAGACUGCGUGGCAGCAUUGGUUUUCAGCAUGAAUGCCGCGAAAAACACACAAAACACAUUCAGAAUAGGAAAGAGCUUUGCGAUUGACUGUGCAAAUAAAUUUGACAAGAAAUCUGAGGUAUAUAUUUACAGAAUGUCAAAAGCUAAAGAAAAGAGAAGCAAAUGGAUCGCUGCAAUUCACAGAAACAACUGGACUCCAGGCAUCAAAACGUGGAUUUGCAGUUAUAAUUUUGUGCCAAUAUGUUGAAUUUUGAGGUAAAAUCAUACUCUAUAUAU